AUGGUUACUAGCCCUGAAAAACAUGAAAAAGGGUCACCUGUGGAGAUGAAAUCUGAACAAUCUCUGCAUCAUAAACAGAUGGGCUCUCCCCCUAACUCCGCCGAUUCCUGCCUCUUCCCCGCCAUCUGCGUUGCCCCUCUGCCCUCCCUGGAGCGGGGCGAAGGGCCUGCAUCCACCUCCCGAGCGACCACCAUACCGACGCAGUUGGGGGUGGGGACGGGGCGGGGGGGGCAGAAUCGGAGAUCGGAGCAACGUUCUGAGCAGGAAAGCGACCAGAAGAGCGAUCGGUGUCUACAAGGACCGACGGCAGCAAGGCUGGGCCCGGUACCUGCCUCAGAGCGAUUUCAACUGGAAACGAACGCAGACUCCCGGGUCCCGCGCCGACCGACAGGACUCGGAAACGUCCCACGGCGACGCUGUGACAGGCGAAAGGGACGCCCUCCCAGCGACAGGAACGAGUGGGUUCAAGGAUUUUACCUUACCAGGCGACCCCGAAACUGGGUAGGGAGGAGGGGCCUUAUGAGCGCGCCCGCGGCACGAACCAGAAAAAUGGAGACUCACUCACCCGAGCACCCGUUGCUCCGCGCGAUCCGCUUCCGGGUCUGCAGGAAGGCGGGCGUGCGCGUGCGCGUGCGUGUGCGCUUCCGCCGCCGGGCGGGAGCCGGGCCGUUCCUGAGCAAUUCCUCACUCUUAUAUCAUUACACGUCCCUUUACAUCAGCAGAUGCAAGCCAAGAUCCACAGAUUUGAUUCUUAGGCACCUGACUGUAGCCAAUUCCUUGGUCAUUCUCUCCGGAGGAGUCCCAGAAACCAUGGCAGCUUUAGGGUUGAAAUAUUUCAACAAUUAUUAUGCAUGCUCCAUUUUUUUGUAUGUUCACAGAGUAGCCAGAGGUAUGUCCAUUUACUCCACCUGCCUCUUGAAUGUCUUACAGGCUAUCAUGAUCCACCCUGGGAACUCCAGAUGGGCAGAGCUUAAAGUGAAAGUUCCAAAGUACAUUGGUCCCUCCAGUAUCCUCUGCUGGGUGCUCCACAUGGUGGUAAAUAUGUUCUUUCCUAUUUAUAUGACUGGUAAAUGGAGAAACAAAAACAUUACAAAGAAAAGAGCUUUGGGAUAUUGUUCUGCUUCACAGUAUCGUGCCAAGAUCACAGACUUAGUGUAUGUCAUAGUUACAUCUUUCCAUAACAUUUUGUGCUUGGGACUCAUGACCUUGGCCAGCAGCUCCAUGGUCUUCCUCCUUCACAGGCACAGGCAGAGGGUCCAACACAUUGAUAGGAACAAGCUCCCCCUGAGACCCUCCCCUGAGUCCAGAGCCACCCAGAGCAUCCUUGUUUUGGUGAGCACCUUUGUAUCAUUUUAUUCUCUCUCCUCCAUCAUUUAUGUUUACUUGGCUCUCUCUGAUGAGUACAGUUGGUGGCUGAUGACCACUGCUGUACUAAUCACUGCAGGUUUUCCAACUGUUAGUCCUUUUUUUCUCAUGAGCCAAGACCCCAGCACAUCCAGGCUCUACUGUGUCUGCUUUGGAAGAAAUACAUAA